CAAUUAUUUGCUUAUAUGAGUUCUGCAAAUAUAACACGGCCGCUCGAAGGUGUUGCGUGGGAAAUAUCGAAAUGGUAGAGGAGACAAGCAUUUAUUCUACGUGAAACGUGUGUUAUUUUGAAAAAGUUGUUAGACAAAGGUCGUUAUCAGUUCGACGAUUGUGAUGAACGAGUCUAGACCAGUUACGCUUUGGUCAUGCCCAAUACGUUGAACAAGGAGCACGCCAAGAUCGCAGAAACUCCUAGCUGUCGUUUCCGUCUGACCUCUCACAAGACACGACAGGAACAGCGAUCGACUGGCAUAAAGCAGUGACACGUGGAGAUCGUGCUAUUCUCGUAUGGUCGUUUCGCAUUCGCUAGUACUGAUGCCUGAGAUACGAAGCUCUACCGCAAAGAAAUCAUCUUAAGGGAAUAAUUGCAUCGGGCAUCGAUGUCAGAUUGAGGUGCACGUACUGCAAUUGAAUCUAUCAAGCUAUUUUUCCUAGUGGUCAUGAUGGGGUCUGGAUUCGUUUACGCCGGCCGCUUGUUUUCGUUGCCUCCAGUCGAAGUUUUUUCUCCUCUGAAAUGCAGUAAAUGCUCCUCAUCCGAGUGCUCGAGUUUGUAGCAAAGUCUAUAAGCUGUCACUAGUCCAUUGCCUGCCUGUCUACCUGCCUGCCUGCCUGCCAGCCUGCUGAAUUAAUGGGACACAAAAAAGAAGAUGACAAGACCUUGAUGAAAUAUAUGAACGUCCAUAGUGAUAUUGUGUGAGGUGGUAUAUGGAUGGUGUCUUAUUUGUAUGGAGCUCUCGAGUGGACUAUGCGAUUAUGACUAUUUGUGCUUAAAAUGCAGACCAGAAAAAUCACGAAUCAGCAAAAACUGUGCCAGCUCUUGUGCUGUGGGUCCUUGCUGGAAAAGCUGCAGCUGUAGCUCCUGGCUAACCACAGUACUUAUUGUUGGUGAGACGUUAUGUACAGAGCGGGCUAUCAUUCUUGGAAGACGUGAAUUUAGCAUGUACAUACAUAGAUACAUGAUAUCGCUUAGUCGUGCCUCGCAAGAUCCUCAAUGCAAGGAUCGAAGAAGCCUAAGUGAAUUGGAAGGAGAUCAAGUAGUCCUGAACUGUUACGUUCAAAACUCAGGACUACUCUAUUUUUGGGGAGGGUCUGCAGGUUACGCUUUUUCCGAAUGGACGAAGGAAGCAAGGAAAUAAUUGGGGAAGUGAUGUGCCAUACCGAUGGUAUAAACUCGAAGCCAAUUUCAUGUUGCAGUUGGACAGUUUAGGAAAUGAGAAGAUGGUAAUGUGCUCGUCUUGCCUCAGGCGAAGUUUUUGACAGACUAGAUAGCCAGAGAAUAAGACGCGGGAAAUGUUCUAUUUUAGAUUUUGCUGACGAAGUUGGGGGUAAAAGCUGUUUUCCUCGCAGCUGCGGGCAGUGUGACCGAGUGAGGUGUCGCCUGCGGCACGAGCCGCUCCUAUAAGCUUCACCCACUGGUUCAAGUAUCAUUUAAUUUUUCUAGCUGCGCGUUUCGUAUUCGCUCGAUUGUGGAAUUCUAACUUCAGCUACAGGCUUUACGCCCAACAAACGCCUACGAACUUCCUCGCUCAGCGAUGCCCCUACGAGGUGUGAACAGGACCGUGUCUCCCUCCUCCGCCGGGCGCCUGAGGAGGAGUGACUCGCUUCGUUCGGUUAGCUCGGGCUCAGCCCGCAGCGACGACUCACUGCCGCGCUCGCCCGCAAACGGUGGUCCCAACGAUAAUCACAACAAUAACAACAACAACAAAGGCAAGAGCGUAUCGUUUAAUAAUAACGUGCGAGUGCAGUAUCCGCGACGGACCUCACAUUCGUUCUCGAAAUUCGAUUCGUUAACGUCUCUGAACGGUCGCCAUUCGCCGAUCUCGAGCGGUCUGAACGAGAUCGAUUACAGCAACACGAACGCAAACGGUGGCGGCAUUCCGUACGCCUCGUCGCCCCAUCAUCUGCCCCCGCAAUCGCAGAACUAUACGUCACAGACUCUGGAGCACCCAAACAAAGGCGGUAACAAGAAGUUCUGGAGCAACGUCUGGAGGAGCCAUUCAGUACGAAAAUCCGACGAUAAUUCAUCACCAGUCAUCAAAUAUAAGGUCAAGCACAGCUCGCCGCUGCUAUCGCGAAAAUUUGUCGGUAAGAAGCAAGCAGGCUCAGAAUCACCUCAGGUACGGCGGAACCACGUUAAAAAGAUCGUCAACCUCUUCAACCGGCAGGCGGCUGUCAAUAAACAGAAACUAAGGGAAGACCAAGAAACCACAGGUCCCAAAAAAGGUCUGCAUGACCUUCAGUCAGCUUCCAUGCCCGUUCCGUCGAUGCCUCUUUCACGCACUUCGGUUACCCGGAGCAAUUCGCCGGCCCCACGACCGUCAGCAUCUCCAUCGGCGCCGCCCGGAAUUGCAAAAUCACCCACAAUCGCAUCGACGACGACGACGACCCAUCAUGGGCCAACCUCGAUUAAACGAACAGUCACUACGACUACAUACGAACCACGACCCUACGAAUACGUCACGUUUAAUAAUCCACUCAAUUUUCAAUCAACCAGUCCCCAUACCGAUUCAUCAGUGAAUACCAGCGACAAAGAGAAUUCAUCGUUUCAGAGCGGGAGCUCGUUCCUCAAUAGGGACAGCGGUAUUAGUCUUGCGGCGUCACCUAUUCGUUCAACUUCACCUGGCCCUUUUAUCUCCACGGUAACCCUUAACCACUCGCCAACAACUCCACGAGAUCAGCGAGAACCACUCCUUUCGUCAACAGGCCAAAGAGACCCCUCCGAACUUCGUCACGAGUUCCGUUGGGUGCCGCCUUUUGAAGACGGGGGUCAUCUUGGAGGUCCGUCAAGCGAUGAUUCUUUAUACUCUGAUAGUAUGCCGCCCCAGAGGCCAUUGAGAAAUAAGCCGUCAUCGGCUCUUAAUAUACCGCCAUCAUCCCAAGUGCAACAUCCUCCUCCGCCCAUGAAGGACGUCGCCGUUCAAGUUAACCAGAUAAAACCGGGGAACCUCACACCCGUUGAAGAACUGCCACCACGUAUCUACGCCCCGCUUUAUAGCCAGGUAAACAAAGCUCUAAAGAAGACAAACUCCAGUCCGCCUCCGCCUCCCCCGCCGCCCACAAGCUCAAUGCCGCUGCCUCAACGCUGGUCAUCACAUUCGCAAUUGGUGAACUCAUCUGCCUCGCCCGGUUGGGGCUCGGGUCACGACAUGCGUGAUCAUAGUUCCAACCAUUGCGAUUCGCAGUCUCCGCAGUGGAGACGCUAUCGAUCAGGCAGUCCCCCCUCUCGCUACGGGGACAACUCUCUCUGUACACCGAUGGGACUCGGCUACGAACAUACCUCAAUGAGUUCGCCACUACACAGUCCCGUAAAUCGAUAUUCCGACCUGGAGCACGGUAAUAUCCACCAGUCAGAUUUUGGUCUGUCGGAUGCCGAAAGCGCGCCCAGCAGAUCUCGAACGCCUCAGUCGCACGUGAAGACGUCCAGUCGGAGCUUUGGCUUCAACAUCGGCACGAAGAAGAAGGUAAAAAGCAAAAAGAGCAAGACCACUCAGGAGUCUGACUCUUCAUCAACGUCCUCACAGGGCGUGUCUGGAGAUCGUAGCCAGAGCAUGCUGCGUCAAACUAUGGCCCCGCGUAGCUUGGCCAAUCCAAGGGGAGUUCGCACGCAACAUUACAAUUCUUUGCUGGACCUUAGUCCUGCCUAUGGCCGCUCUCAUUACCCGACCUAUGAGGACGAAUAUGGUCCUGCUCCUAAACCGCCUCACACAUACUCCUGGACCCUUAGCUUAGGACGAGUCCCAAAAUCGAAGAGGUCCAUAGAUGGCAGCAGUACAGCAACCGGUCCAAUUUCUUCGACACAGACGCCACUUGCUCAGGCGGCACGGAAGGCUUACUCUGACGCACCUUCAUCAAUUGAUGAAGAUCACCCUUCGCAUUUCUCACAAGGGCCCCGUCGAGGAGGACUCGCCGCGGCCUUUCACCACAGAAACACACGAGGUGAGGCUUUUAACAGCGGCGCUUCAUCUUGCGGAUCAGUAACAGCGUCCGAGGCGGCGGGUGUAAGAGAGCCAAUCAUAAUGUAUAUUCCUGGUGUUCAAAGGGCCAAGGCGCCUCCCGAUGCCGCCGUCAACCGGGGUAAUUCGCUUCUCCAACAACAGUCGCCAGAAGGACGCAAUAGUCCCCAUUACAACGGCGCGCAGCAUGGCUCCUGCGCCACUCUGGGCCGAAAGGAACACAAGUCACGAUUCACCAAACAAGAAACCAAGAAUGGAGGCGGUAAAAACGACCGUUAUAAAAAGAAUAAAGAUCGAGAGCUUGAGCAUCACACCGCCGUUCAGCGAUCGAAAUCAAUUCCCCGAAAUGCGCGCUUCCUCUAAGAAUCUUGUCCCUAGGCCGUGCUUAGCUUGUUACGUUAAAUGAAAUGGUUAUAUACUGAACAGCAAAAAGUAUCUUAUAUAUAUAUGUUACUAAAAAGGAGCGGUGUCAGCAAAAAAGAUAUGUUAAAAGAGAACAAUUGACCACUCCUAUAUAAUGAUGGUGGUAGUCCUAGAAGUGGUAGCAGAUCGGCGGGCAAUAUUCUGCUUACCGUUAUAUGGUAAGUAGCCUCUCACUGAACGAGGGUCAAAACCCACAAAUAUUUGAAAACGACUUUUUUGACUAUUGGCCAUUUGAAACAUAGUCUAACUCUCUCGAUGUAAAUACGUCACUAAUUAAAUGGUUGUUCAAACAGUCAGCGGCGGAGAUUUACUUCAUCCAACCUUUCACUCGCCUUCUUUCAACGUAAAAAAUAAUAAAUAAUAAUAAUACGUAAUAAAACAUAUAUACAUAAUGACGUUGACGGCUUGCUAAUCCCUCUCGACUUGGCAAUUGAGGAACUGGUCAGAAUAUACGAAAUACAGAUGCCCAACAACAAACCCGAUGACCCAGCAGUGCUGUUUCCGAUACAACUGUGUGACUUUUCAGCGUUGUAGUCGUACUGGCAGAUACAUCAAUACGUAAACGCGAAUGCAACGAAGAAACAAGUACACAAAGAAAAACCGCAAUUGAGAAUAGCAACGCUGAUAACGAGGAUAAUGAAGAAUACUUUGUCAGGAAAGUGUUGUACAAUGGGGCGAAAAGGAUUCAAAUCCUUGUUCUCCCAUUGGUAUCUAUGAGCCGAUAUGCGGUGGUAAAAGCCCGCAAAGCUAGCCUAUAGAUAAAAAAAAAAAAGAA